AGAAGUGAGUAUCAAUCAGCGAGAAGUUAGGGGGGCAGAAAGAGAAAAGGAAAGACGCGGAGUGGAAGGACGUAUAGACGCGCAAAGCGGCAGACCGCAUCAAAACUAUCAAUCCUCUCGGACUUGAUCUCACGCGCAGCCAGGAUGGCACAGUCUGUCUUCAAAAGUUUGACUCGGUGUUUCUAGUCACAGUUGGGAUUACUUUGGACACUUGGUGAGUUUGCUCCCCGAUUUAAACACUGACGUGUGCAUUUUUUUUCACUGUUUUGCUUCACUGCGUUGGACGGACAGAGUGGGUUUUUCGCCGCGUCCACCUCCUCCCCCCCCACCUUUGGGUGGAUUUGAGAGAAAUGAGUGAGAGGAGGCGAUCUGCCGCCGCUCUGAGCUCUAGAGCCCACGCUUUUUCCGUGGAAGCCCUGAUCGGCUCCAACAAGAAGAGGAAGCUCCGGGGCUGGGAGGAGAAGGAGCUGGAGUUGUCCAUGGAGAGCCUCGCCACGGACGGAGAGGACCCGGCGCACUGUCUGGAUAUGGACCCGGGUCAGUGCGCAGACAUGCACCACACCGCUCAUACUGUCCGGAUCCCCGUUAGGCUAUAUCACUGCAGCACAAUGCAAAAUGACGAGUCCCGAGUCAAAACAUGGAAUGUAGAGACAAGCAGAACUGAAGCUUACCUCUACCUUCUGCUCAGACAGUCUCGGGCCUACGCUGAGUCCCGCUGCCUGCUGCAGUCUGACCGCGGGACGCAGCGCCUUUACGCACGGCUCCUCUGUCCUCUGACAGUGCCAGUCCCACUCAUUAGCAAGAGGGUUCCUGGCAGGUUCAGCGGGUCCUGCUCAGGUCCUAAAGCCUUCCCUUUGGCGUGUCGGGCGGCGGUGACCGAGAACAGCGAGUCUCUGUGGAGGAUGUUUCCAGCCAUGCGAGUGAAGAUAGCCGGUCUGGACCCUCAUCAGCAGUAUUACAUCGCCAUGGACAUUGUGCCGGUGGACAACAAGAGAUACAGGUAUGUGUACCACAGCUCCAAGUGGAUGGUGGCAGGAAAUGCUGACUCCCCAGUGCCUCCACGGGCCUACAUCCACCCAGACUCUCUGGCCUCAGGAGACACCUGGAUGAGGCAGGUGGUUAGUUUCGACAAGCUCAAACUCACCAACAACGAGCUGGACGACCAGGGACACAUCAUCCUCCAUUCCAUGCACAAGUAUCAGCCUCGCGUUCAUGUCAUCAGGAAGGAUUUCAGCAGCGAACUGUCUCAAAACAAGCCAGUGCCCAGCGGGGAGGGAGUCAAGACUUUCAGCUUCCCUGAGACCGUCUUCACCACCGUCACUGCCUAUCAGAACCAGCAGAUCACCAGACUAAAGAUCGACCGCAACCCGUUUGCCAAAGGCUUCAGGGACUCUGGGAGAAACAGGACUGGCCUGGAGGCGAUCAUGGAGACCUAUGCUUUUUGGAGACCUCCUGUGAGGACCCUCACGUUUGAAGACUUCACCAACAUGCAAAAACAGCAAGGGGGAAGCACUGGCACCUCUCCGACCACCUCCAGCACAGGAACCCCCUCCCCCUCUGGUGCGGCUCACCUCUUGUCACCCUCCUGCUCGCCUCCGACCUUUCACCUCGCCCCCAACACCUUUAAUGUGGGCUGCAGGGAAAGUCAGCUCUGCAACCUGGGCCUGUCUGAAUACCCAGCCUGCGCUCGCAGCAAUAUGGCAGCUCUGCAGGGCUAUGGCGGCCUGGCCGACAGUUCCUACGGACGCCUCCAAGCUGCAGGGGGGGCUGUGGGCUCUGCUCAGCCCUCUGAGUCCUUCCUGCCACAGAGGACUUCCUCCUUGAUUGCUGCUGGCAUGCAGGGAAGUGCUCAUGCCUCACUGACCGGCGGCGGGAGUGGCGGCGGCUCUGGAGGCAAGAUGGAUGCCUACGGCGGUCAGCUCGGGUCCUUCCCGGCCUCACAGCUUCAGUACGUGAUGCAGGCCGGAGGAAGUUCCGGCUCUGCCUCAUCCUCCUCAUCCGGAUCCUCCCCUUCCUCCGCCCACAUGUUCGGCGGGAGCCACCACCACGUGCAGCAGGGGUCCUACAACGCUUUCUCCCUGCACAACCCUUACAACCUGUACGGAUACAACUUCCCAACCUCUCCUCGCUUGGCCGCCAGCCCCGAAAAGCCCCAGGGAGGUUUGCUGUGCUCUUCGUCUCCAGCCGGGGCCUUCGCUGAGCGCCAGUACCUGUCCAACGGAAGCAUGGACACUAUGCACAUGAUCGGCAACACCACCGGUGGCCAGCAGGGCAGCAGCUCCUGCGACGGACGUCAAUAUAGCUCCUCCUCUCAGAUGUCCAUGCACAUGGUGUAGAAACUGGGAUUGAGCCUCACGGUCCUAAAUGUUUGUUAAGUCUUUCAGAUGAAAAGCAAAUCUCUAAUCUCCCAUCCCGGUUUGGGGUUGAUGUUGAACCGGUGUUGUUGUUUUUUUAUGUACUGAAAACAAACCUUUCAGAAAAGGACAUCAUUUGUUUUUAAAGACAAUCUACCACAUACAAAGCAUUAUAGAAGGAGUCAAAACUAUUAUUUAAUUAUCUUUGUAUUAAUGAAGCAAAUAGUUGGGGCAGAAACCUGUCUCUCUUACUGUUUCUGACAGGAAAGAAACAACAAACUCAACAGAUUGUAAUAAGACCGAGAGCUAGGAGCCCACAUGCUCUGGUUCAGAAGGGAUUACCAUUUGUGAAUCUGUUAUGGUGCAAUACUCUUUUCAAGCGACUCAUUCUUGAUUUUUGGGGGGGAGGGACUUAAAUCCCAUGCAGUCAUGACAUCAUGUAAGCAAAACAAUCUUCACUGUGAUCCCUUUUGACUUCACUUGUGCCGAACUGUCAAGGGGUCAGUGGUCUGAAGUUUUGGCUGAAAUGAAGGGGACAACUGGACAAGAUCACAGAAUUACUCGCUGCUCCACAUACACUACAUGCAGGAGAUGAAGGAUCUGGACGCUGUAGGGUGAAUACAACACGUCAGAGAAAUACAGGUCAGGUUAACCGAGGAACUGAAAACUCCCAACAAGGCAUGAGCAUUCAGGACUCCACCACACAACUUCACCGUCAAACCAUUAUCUUCAUAGACUGGAAUGGCAUCACUAUUUUUGAGUGGAUUAUGUUUGUUUUUUUAGCAUAUAUAUAAGAUGGCGAAUGCAAUCAAUAACAUAAGCUUAAAAGUUGUUGUGUGAAAAGAAGCAAUAGCAAAACAGAGUAAUUAAAGUAUGUUUUGGUGUGUUGUAGAGAUGUGUAUUUAAGUGCUGAGCAGUAUAACAAUUUUACAGGCCAAUCUGUUAUAAAAAUGUGUGAAAAAAGGGAAAUGACAAAGAUUCUUUUUUUGAGGCAUUUAAAAAAAUGUAAAUACAGGUGCCAAGCACGUAAAAAGCUCAAUAAACGUUUUAAUCCAUGUA